CCUGAACCCCAUGUCCUACACCCAGCACUGCAUCACCACCAUGGCUGCCCCAUCCUGGAAGUGCCUGCCCGCUGUGGACGGGGACCCCCAAGGCCCAGGUCUUGGCGACAGUGUCUCUGGGACAGCCAGUGGGGCGCUUGGCCAGGAAGACCGGGGCCUGAGCUUCCUGCUCAAGCAGGAGGACCGUGAGAUCCAGGACGCCUAUCUGCAGCUCUUCACCAAGCUGGAUGUGGCCCUCAAAGAGAUGAAGCAAUACGUCACCCAAAUCAACAGGCUGCUGUCCACCAUCACGGAGCCCACCUCAGCUGGGUCCUGCGAGCCCCCCUUGGCUGAGGAGGCCUCCCCCUCCCCGCUGGUCAGUGAAGAGAGCGAGAUGGACCGGGCUGACCAUGGGGGCAUCAAGAAGGUGUGCUUCAAGGUGUCUGAGGAGGAUCAGGAGGAUUCAGGUCACGACACCAUGAGCUACCGCGACUCCUACAGUGAGUGUAACAGCAACCGGGACUCAGUGCUCUCCUACACCAGUGUGAGAAGUAACAGCUCCUACCUGGGCAGCGAUGAGAUGGGGUCAGGGGAUGAGCUGCCUUGUGACAUGCGGAUCCCCUCGGACAAGCAGGACAAGCUUCAUGGCUGCUUGGAGCACCUCUUUAACCAGGUGGACUCCAUCAACGCACUCCUCAAGGGGCCAGUCAUGGGCAGGGCUUUCGAGGAGACCAAGCACUUCCCCAUGGACCACAGUUUACAAGAGUUCAAACAGAAAGAAGAGUGUACAAUCCGUGGCCGGAGCUUGAUCCAGAUCAGCAUCCAGGAGGACCCCUGGAACCUCCCCAACUCCAUCAAGACCCUGGUGGACAACAUCCAGAGAUACGUGGAAGAUGGGAAGAACCAGCUCCUACUGGCCCUGCUGAAGUGCACAGACACCGGACUGCAGCUGCGCAGGGACGCCAUCUUCUGCCAGGCCCUGGUGGCUGCCGUGUGCACCUUCUCCGAGCAGCUGCUGGCUGCCCUGAGCUACCGCUACAACAACAACGGCGAGUACGAGGAGAGUAGCCGCGACGCCAGGGAGGAGCGGACCAUGCUGGAGGACCUCUGGGGGACCCUGUCAGAGCUGGACAACGUCUCCUUCUCCUUUAAGCAGCUGGACGAAAACUACGUGGCCAACACCAACGUCUUCUACCACAUUGAGGGUAGCCGGCAGGCCCUGAGGGUCGUCUUCUACCUCGACAGCUACCACUUCUCCAAGCUGCCCUCCCGCCUGGAGAGCGGGGCCAGCCUCAGGCUGCACACUGUGCUCUUCACAAAAGCUCUGGAGAAUGUGGAGGGCCCAGGCUGCCCGGCCACGGAGGAGCUGCAGCAGGAGAUCAACGCGCAGUCCCUGGAGAAGGUGCAGCAGUACUACCGCAAGCUCCGGGCCUUUUACUUGGAGCGGUCCAACCUGCCCACGGAUGGCAGUGCCACGGUGGUGAAGAUAGAUCAGUUGAUACGCCCCAUGAACGCCCUGGAUGAGCUCUGCCGCCUCCUGAAGUCCUUCGUCCACCCCAAAGCUGGUGCAGGAGGGAGCGUGGGUGCCGGCCUCAUCCCCAUCUCCUCGGAGCUCUGCUACCGCCUGGGCGCCUGCCAGAUCACCAUGUGCGGCACAGGGAUGCAGAGGAGCACCCUGAGCGUGUCCCUGGAGCAGGCGGCCAUCCUGGCGCGGAGCCACGGGCUGCUGCCCAAGUGCAUCAUGCAGGCCACGGACAUCAUGCGGAAGCAGGGCCCCAGGGUGGAGAUUCUGGCCAAGAACCUGCGAGUCAAGGAUCAGAUGCCCCAGGGUGCCCCGCGCCUCUACCGCCUCUGCCAGCCUCCCGUGGACGGAGACCUCUGAGCGCCAACCUGCCCCUGUGCAGCUGCGUCCUCCAGAGGUGGGACUUGGUAGGACACGGUGGGGCCAUGCAGGCCUUUUCUGGAGCCGGCCUGCGGUCUGCUGCCACCUGCUCCGGGAUCUGCCCAGCUUCCUGUGCUGCCUUCCACGAGGACAAGCCUGUGUCCCCGCUGUUGGGCGGACUGGCUGUUCGGCCCCAGGCCACGUGUUCUCCACACCCUCGCAGAAUCCUGAUGGGUGCUGGGGACCCACAGACGUGAUGGCGCAGCCAGGGCCUGGCUCCUGCUCCCAAGUCCCCACACAGGGAAAGCCGUGGGACACCGCAGUCAGAGGCCCGAAGACCCAGCAGCCCUGGGACUGCUCAACCUGCACUUUGAACUCCCCAGAUUCUCCCCGAGUCGACAUUCCAGGCGAGCACACGGCUCUCCUCCUCACCUUAGCUUCCAACUCACCCCACCCCUCUACUAACCUGCUCGGUGGACUCGGAAAAGCCGGGCUCCUGCUGGAAAAGACCGAGGGCCAGGGCAUAGCACCUAGUACCAAGAAGACACGCGAAAGCCAGCCAGCUCCCAACACCACUGUCAGCCCUGGACACCGGGAGGGAUCUGCUCUGACUUUAUUUAUACGGCGUGAAAUCUCUGUGGCUCUUUUUUUUUCUGUCAUCAUCGUGGUGGUGGUGUUAAGAUUAUUUUUCCAAUCCUUGUGAUUAUAUAUUUGACAUUUUAAAUUUCAAAGAGAAGUAUCUUGUCUAACAGGGGACCAACGUAAGGUAGUGUUGAUGACUCUUCCCAGUUCUACUAAAGAAAAAGAGAAAAAAGCAAGCGAAAAAGAAAAACUAAAUUAUUGAAAAAGCAUUGUAAUGUCAGUAUUUCCUCUUUUUUAAUGUUAGGGCCAUAAGGUGCGAUCCCCCUUUCCCCCCC